AAUAACUAUUGUACCACAUUGGUAAAUAAAUAUUUCUAAAAUUAGAUUGGAGCUGGAGAGUCAUUUCCUCUUCGAAACUCGCGGCUUGCUCUACAGUAAGAUCCUUCUUUGGAGCUUCUUCGAAAGGGGAUAGGUAAAGGAAGAUGGGGCUUAACUUCACGAAGCUGUUCAGCAGGCUGUUUGCCAAGAAAGAAAUGAGGAUUUUGAUGGUGGGUCUUGAUGCUGCUGGUAAGACCACUAUCUUGUACAAGCUCAAGCUUGGCGAAAUCGUCACCACCAUCCCCACCAUUGGAUUCAAUGUGGAGACUGUUGAGUACAAGAACAUCAGCUUCACUGUCUGGGAUGUGGGGGGUCAGGACAAGAUUCGUCCCCUGUGGAGGCACUACUUCCAGAACACUCAAGGUCUUAUAUUCGUGGUUGAUAGCAACGACAGGGACCGAGUUGUGGAAGCUAGGGAUGAGUUACAUCGCAUGUUGAACGAGGAUGAACUGAGGGAUGCUGUCCUUCUCGUGUUUGCUAACAAACAAGAUCUUCCCAACGCAAUGAAUGCUGCAGAAAUAACCGACAAGCUUGGCCUUCACUCUCUUCGCCAGCGCCACUGGUACAUUCAAAGCACUUGUGCCACAUCUGGGGAAGGUCUUUAUGAAGGCCUUGAUUGGCUCUCCAACAACAUCGCUAACAAGGCGUGAUGAAACUGCUGGAACACGUUUUUGCAACUUGAAAGAGACCAACAUUAGUGAUUGUGGAGAAGAGAAUGAAGAAGAAACAAGUAUUGUGUAUGAUGUUGUUUCAACUGUCCGUUGAUUCUCUGACCUUAUCUUUGUAGCCUCUAAAACUCACCUCUGCUCUUUUUACCCGUUUAAUGGAUUUGUGUUUUAAGUUUUUUUAUUUUUACAAUUUCGUUUGUGUUUCCAAAUACGUAUAUUGAAGCUUGGUAAGCAAUAGAGAUGUUACGUUUUUUAUAUAAA